AACAACCUCAACAAACUUUUUUGGGAGGUGAUUGAAGAAGAACUUAUGGACAACACAGACGAAGAACUAUUGUUGUCAAUGCUCGAGAAGGAACGUCAAUCUGGAAGUUCAUCAAAGCGAAAAAGAAGAUCAGUGAUAGAUCGGAAUCGUGAAGAAGGGAAUAUACGAUUAUUCAACGACUACUUCUCAGAAAAUCCAGUAUACACUGAUGCCCAAUUCCGUAGAAGGUUUAGAAUGCAUAGGCAUUUGUUUCUUCGAAUUGUAGAAACCCUUGGAAAUCAUGAUGAAUAUUUUCAAAUGAGGGUCGAUGCAACUGGUAAAAUGGGUCUUUCACCAUUGCAGAAGUGUACUUCUGCUAUUCGUAUGUUGGCAUAUGGAUCUUCCGCUGACAUUGUAGACGAAUAUGUUCGAAUUGGUGAAAGCACUGCAAUUGAGUGCUUAGAGAGAUUCGUAAGGGGCGUGAAUGAGGUAUUUGGGGAUGAGUAUUUGAGAAGGCCUAAUAACAAUGAUGUUGAGCAUCUUUUACAAAUGGGGGAGUCACGUGGAUUUCCAGGCAUGCUAGGACGUGCUGCUACUGUGCAAUAUACAAUCAAUGAGACUCCAUAUAAUAUGGGGUAUUAUUUAGCGGAUGGUAUAUAUCCUGAGUGGGCUACAUUUGUCAAGACCAUUUCAAUGUCGCAAGGAGAAAAGAGAAAACUAUUUCCACAACACCAAGAAUCAGCUAGAAAGGAUGUGGAACGGGCAUUUGGAGUGCUUCAAUCUCGAUUUGCAAUAAUACGUGGUCCAGCGCGUGCUUGGCACAUGGAAACCCUCAAGCAUACCAUAUAUGCUUGCAUUAUAUUGCACAACAUGAUUGUCGAAGACGAACGACACACGUAUGGAGGUGAUUUUGAUUACUGUUACGAUAAUGGAGGUAACAACAACUCAACGACUGAAAUAUUUAACGGUCCUCAUCCGAAUCUUGCAACAAGACUACAAAGAAGGGCAACUCUUCGUGAAAAACAAGUUCAUCGCCAACUUCAAGGAGAUCUAGUCGAGCAUAUCUGGGAACGUUUUGGACAUGAGGACGAUGAAAAUUAA